AAAAAUAAAUCUUUUAUUUUUAAAAAAUGAACAAAGAAAACGAGGCGGUGCCUCAAAACAAAGGUGCGAAUAAAUUAGGUAAAGGGUAGACACACAAUUCCCCUAUUUCUUUGUUGGCACGAAUCGCAUAUAACACAUCACAAAUAGAGAGAAAGGCAAAACAAAAAAAGGAGGAAAAAAAAAAAGGGGGUAUCGUAGAGGAAGAAGCUCUGGAUUCCGCCUCUUCCCGUCCUUCGAGACGGUGGUUAUGCUGCUUAAUUUUCAGGUUGGCCUGAAUUUGAAUCCAAGUAGUUGUGAUAUAUUUUCCCAGACAUGGAGGGAGUUAGUUUCUCGACGAAUUGCUACCAGUAUCGGUUUUUUGCAUUCCAAGAAGUGCUCGACUGGCGGUUCUUCAUCAUCGGAAAUUUUCUUCUGGUUUCCUUUGUUAAUUGCACUUAGUGUUCUGCUCCCGUUUAAUGAUCGGCACAGGGUACGUGAUGCUAGUUUCUUCUGAUACAGGUGCUGCAUCUUUAGUGCACUUGUACAAUGCAUUGCUGACCCAACACUCGGUUAUUAUAUCUGGUAGAACCUCUUCUGGGGGCUGAAGUAUAUAGAUUGGUGACUGUAUACUGGAUGCUGACUAGUCUUUGAGUGAAGCAUUUGCGUUGAAUCAUUGCAGACUGUAGUUUUCUGGCAAUUGUCUUCUUGUUGCUCUUGAUGGGGUAUAGUUGGUGACGAUACAUCAGUUACCUGAAAAUUCUGAAACAAAUACUGCAUAGUUUAGAUGAAGUAGAUAUUACCAUAGUCUUGAAGUCUUGGGUCACAGUGAUUUUAGCUAGAGAUUAAUGCUAAUGCUUUGAUCACUCUUGUGGUUGGACCUGAGAACCUGAGAAGCAUCAGUAUGAUCUCUGGUACUUGUUCAUUUCUACUACCGUUGUCCUGCAACCAUUAUAAAGCCGUGGGUCUAUUAAUGAAUAAGGCUGUGCAGCCCUUCCAUCAGAUAGUUUCUGCUUCCAUGCCCUGUUUUGCUACGACAGAAAAUUGAUGGUGGAUUUUGCUGGAUCAGCAGUCAUCUGUUAAUAUCUUAUAUACCUCUGAGCAUCAUCUGCAAUAGAUAAAUGCCAUCUAUCAUUUGUGUUUUUGUUUACUUUAGUUGAAUAAAGAAAGAGCUGAUUUGUAUUUUCACGGGAACAAUGGAGAGGUACAAGUUAAUUAAGGAAGUUGGUGAUGGAACGUUUGGGAGUGUUUGGAGAGCUAUUAAUAAGCAAACUGGAGAAGUUGUUGCAAUUAAGAAAAUGAAGAAGAAAUAUUACUCUUGGGAGGAGUGUGUAAACCUGAGAGAAGUCAAGUCACUAAGAAAAAUGAACCACCCAAAUAUUGUGAAGCUAAAGGAAGUUAUUCGAGAAAGUGACAUUCUGUACUUUGUUUUUGAGUACAUGGAAUGCAACCUGUACCAACUUAUGAAAGACAGGGAGAAGAUGUUUUCUGAGGGUGAAGUUAGGAAUUGGUGUUUUCAAGUUUUCCAAGGUCUUGCUUAUAUGCACCAGCGUGGAUACUUCCACCGUGAUCUGAAGCCUGAGAACUUGCUGGUUACCAAGGAUAUCAUAAAAAUUGCUGAUUUUGGCCUAGCACGUGAGAUCAGUUCACAACCACCCUACACUGAGUAUGUCUCCACACGGUGGUAUCGUGCUCCUGAAGUGCUACUUCAAUCUUAUCUGUAUAGCUCCAAAGUUGACAUGUGGGCAAUGGGUGCUAUAAUGGCUGAACUGUUCUCUCUUCGUCCUCUUUUCCCUGGUGCCAGUGAAGCGGAUGAGAUCUACAAAAUAUGCGGUGUGAUAGGCAGCCCAACCAUUGAAUCAUGGGCUGAUGGGCUGAAACUUGCAAGGGAUAUAAACUAUCAGUUCCCACAGCUUGCUGGUGUACAUCUUUCGGCACUGAUACCAUCUGCGAGUGAUGAUGCAGUCAGCCUUAUCAGGUCACUUUGCUCAUGGGAUCCCUGCAAGAGGCCUACAGCUGCAGAGGCCCUUCAACAUCCCUUUUUCCAGACUUGUUUUUAUGUUCCUCCAUCCCUUCGUACUAGAGCAGUGUCAAGAACUCCUCCAUCUGCUGGAACAAGGGGAGCCCUUGAUCAGCAAGGGGUUAGGAGAUAUUCUGGCAUGUUGCCUAAUUCAAAGCUCACCAAUAACUUCUCUUCUCCGAAAUUACAUCCUCCUUUAGCUUCAGGUGUGCAACGUAAGCUGGAUAUGGUGAAUCAGAAUGGAAGUAAGAAUGAGAAGUCCAUGAAUACUGUUAAACAAUCAAAAUAUCGACAGCCUGGAAAGGAUAGCCCAACUUCUAUGAACAAGGGGAGGAAUGCGAAGGCAAUUUCUGAAACAGCGGAUAGGUUGACCAAUAUGAAUGUUGGUAGUGGUACUCGAAGACAUUCUAUAAUCUUCUCGUCAUUCUAG